GGGCGCGAGGCCUGAGCGGUUUGUCGCGACAGGGGCCCUAAAAAACCCCUCUGUAUCAUUUAUUUCUCCGUUAAGUGCAUUUCAGUCGUGCAUCGAGACUCGUGAGUGCAAGUUUGCGGGUCAAACUCACCUCCUCCUCACCCCCAAAAAAAAUCAAUCAAAAUUACGGAUAAUACUUUUUAAUUACACCGGGAGGGGUUGCAACGAGAGGGAAAUUUAUUUGUCCACCGGCGAUGGGGUGGAAUCGAUCAGUCGUCACUGAUGAAUUAACGCGACUUGACGGGUAUUUUUUCAACCCCUCGGUGAAUUUUCAAUAGUGAAAAUAUCAUAAUUGUGGAUAUGGAUUUGAGACGGGUGAAGGGGAUGAAUGGAGUUAUGUAAUCUAUUGUGAGGAUUAUGGAAGGACGAAUGGAUUUGUAAGACCGGCAGAGGUGACCGGAUGUCAGUGAUAACGUCGGCUGUCAAUCGGCGAGGAAUUGGCUGUCCCCGGGGGCUUCUCGGGUUCAUGAUUAUUCGGAAGUGAUUUUUUUUUUAAGGGUGGAUAUGUCUGAUACAUCUUGGGGAUCAUCACUGUGCGAGAGGGGCGUACACAGGAGCCGGAAACGCACCGGAAAGACAAUGAUCAUCUCCGUCGUUGCUCUCUUCGUUGCGGGAUCAUUAUGCGGCAGCGUCAGUGGUGAAGCUGGAAAACAAUAUAAAAUGAGCACAAUUUGUAAAAAUCACUUUUUCCGUGAUUUGUACAGAAAAAUUCAUGGCGCGGUUGUGCUAUCACAGAACGAGAGAAAUCUCAAUUGUGUCACGAUAUUCCAGACGCACAGUAUUUUGCAGCGAUUUAUGCUGAGGUUCGACAGAUUACAACUCGAUUGUAACGAUCAUCUUUAUAUUUACGAUGGAUCGCACGCUGGCAGUAAUUACAAGGCAGAUUUAUCCUGUAAGAAUACGCACCUGAGUGUGGGUGCGAUAUACACCCGCACAAACUUCGUAACAUUAAAGUACGUAACAGACGGAUGGGGUACUGACACUAACGGCUUUCAGCUCGUCAUCACCGCCGUUAAGGACGAAAGACACCCCUGCAAAGACUUCCGCUGUACCAUGAAUAUGUUCUGCAUCGAUGAGAAUCUCGUUUGCGACGGUAUAAAUCACUGCGGUGAUGGCUCGGACGAAGUAUCAUCCACCGUAUGCGCCAACACCGAGGCGUCAACAAUACUGGGAAUGCAGAAGACUUGGUUUGCCGUCGCCCUAGUAUUCGGUGUACUGAGUAUAACGGCCCUUAUCACUGCUGGUGUUUUGUGCUAUUGCCGGAGGCGAGGAACAACCCCUAGGCACUCGCACAACGCGCACAACGCACAGAUGACGCACCCUCCUGUUAGCUUCCCAUGUCUUGCAAGAGUGAAGUUGAAUAGCAUAAAGAGAUACAUCAGGGACAUGAGAAUCAUGGGACAACGUUCGGAAUCUAAGCACAUAUAUAGACUGAGUAUGCUGAUGAUAAUGUGCCUUCUGUCGAUGGGUGUCUUUGGUGUUGUCCUGUCCAACAAUGUGACGUACAGAGUUCACAGGACUGACAAAAAAUCACGACAGUUUGGGGCUAAUCAUCGUGAUUAUUUUUUGGGACCAUGUCUGGUGCACACCAAUCAAACGUGUCCAGACGACGAGGUUACGUUUUUCCUGUACACGAGGGAAAAUCCUGGAUCAGGUAGACAGAUACUUGUUAACGAUUCAUCGUCUAAUCUUGCCGAGACCAACUUCAAUCAUCGACAUCCAACGAAAAUCAUUGUUCAUGGAUACAACUCAGACAUGCGAUUGGAUUCACUGGUGGACAUUAGGAAUGAAUAUCUGAGGAAGAGGAGUUACAAUAUUAUUGCUGUUGAUUGGCAUCGUUUGGCGGUUGCACCUUGUUAUCCAAUAGCUGUACACAAUGUGCCACAUGUUGGUGAUUGUCUGGCACAGUUGAUUCAUAGAUUGAGGGACAAUGGUGCUACGGAUAUUCAUGCUAUUGGAUUUAGUCUUGGUGCACAUGUGCCAGCAUUUUCUGCUAAUGUAUUGAGACCGUAUAAAAUACCCAGGAUCACUGGUCUAGAUCCAGCAAUGCCACUUUUUAUCACUGUUGGAAAGGAUGAAAAAUUGGACUCCGGUGAUGGGGAUUUUGUCGACGUUUUUCAUACGAAUGCAUUCAUUCAGGGAAAAGUUGAGACAAGUGGACACAUUGAUUUUUAUAUGAAUGGUGGCAUCAAUCAGCCCGGUUGCUGGGAGAAUAGAAAUCCUUUUGGAUGUAAUCAUCAUAGAGCAGCUGUUUAUUAUGCUGAGUCUAUCAACAGUCGUGUGGGAUUCUGGGGAUGGCCUUGUCCUGGAUUUUUUGCAUAUCUUUUGGGAUUGUGCCCACCAAGGGGACCUGCUGUACGUGCUGGCGAUCCUGUUGAUGAGAACUACAGGGGAUUUUUUCUCGUUCAUACGAAGGCUGAGAGCCCUUUUGCUGAAGGACUUUUUACCAUUGAUGGGGGUGAUAAGACAUCGUGAUUUUCAGACUAGGGGUUUCAGGGGUAGAUUGAUUGGAUACUGUCGGUGGAGUUGAUGAGCUGAGAUCAACUGCUAGAUGUAGCAGGGUAUUGAGUUUUUAUUGAAGUGUGCUAUUUAUUAUUUUUUGUGAUUGCAGAGGUAAUUGAAUGAUGAUGUUGAGAGGCGCAUGAUGUGUUGCAUAAGUUACUAGCGAUGUAUGCUUGGUAAUAAAUUGUUUAUUUAUUUUUUGAAUUGAUUAAAUAUUAUUUUGCUGA